GACCAGAUCCACAGCUUGUAUUUUAGGUGAAAAGGGAUAUUUUAAACAUUAUUAAAAAAAAAUCUAUCUUUUUUGGAAAAAUAAUGCAGCCUCGUCGUGUUGGAGUUGAACAAAGUACUUGGAUAGAGCGGUUAUUCGUACUUUUUUGGAAACUCUGUACCUUUUUGGAAACUCUAGCCAUCGGUUUUCUUUCCCGGUUAUUUCGUCAACAUCUGGAUUAACCAUUUGACAAUUCGACAAUACUGCUGCAUUGGUUCUUUUUAUAUUUCCGUAACUGAUCAUUUACAUUGAUCAUGUGUGAACAGCGAUCGUCUUGAAUUUUUGUAAUUUAUUUUGCAUGUAUAUUAUGCAUUCUUUAAAAUGGGUGCGAACAAUGGGAAACCGUAUGGAAGCGAGGGUAAAGGUAGCUCCAGCAUUUCCUCUGAAAUUAGUUCGAGUACAGAUCACACACCAACUAAAGCUUCAAAAAAUGUGUCUACCACCGAAGACUUGGAACAUAGCACAAGGACAUUGAGCACCCCUAGUCCAGGCCUCAUCCUGGCCUCAAAGUCCCAAUCUCCAGCCCUGUCUAUCAACGGCCACGAGACAACCUCCCCUUCUGGCUCUUCAGAGGCUGUUGCAAUAGUGCAUACCCAGCCAGGCACACAGACACACUCCCACCAAUCAAAAGGACACCAUUACGCCCCCAUCGACCUCCUCUCUGACCACACACUCCUGCAGAUGUUUUCUCACCUGCCUACAAACCAGCUGUGCCGCUGUGCACAGGUGUGCCGCCGCUGGUACAACCUGGCUUGGGACCCUCGGCUGUGGAACACUGUACGACUGACAGGCGAGCUGCUCCAUGCUGACCGCGCCCUGAAAGUGCUGACACAUCGACUAUGUCAAGACACCCCCAACGUGUGUCUGACCCUGGAAACAGUGGUGGCCAGUGGCUGCCGGAGACUUACUGACCGAGGCCUGCAUUUGGUGGCCCAGUGCUGCCCAGAGCUGCGCCGCCUAGAGGUGGCAGGCUGCUAUAACAUCUCCAACGAGGCUGUAUUCGAGGUGGUUUCCCGUUGCCCAAACCUAGAACACCUCAAUGUCUCAGGCUGUUCUAAGGUGACCUGCAUCAGCCUAACUCAGGAGGCCUUAGUCCAGUUCCCUCUACUUCACGGCCAGCAAAUCUCCAUCCACUACCUAGACAUGACUGAUUGUUUCUCCCUGGAGGAUCAAGGCCUCCGCACCAUUGCCUCCCACUGCCCCCGCCUGACACACCUCUACCUGCGACGUUGCACACGUCUCACCGACGAGGCCCUUCGCCACCUGGCCUUGCACUGCCCUUCGGUCAGGGAGUUGAGCCUCAGUGACUGCCGUCUGGUGGGGGACUUCGGCCUGCGUGAAGUGGCGCGCCUGGAGGGCUGCCUGCGCUACCUGAGUGUAGCCCACUGCAGCCGCAUCACCGAUGUGGGGGUGCGCUACGUGGCUCGCUACUGCCCACGCCUCCGCUACCUAAACGCGCGUGGCUGUGAGGGCCUUACAGACCACGGCCUGGGUCACCUGGCCAGGAGCUGCCCCAAGCUUAAGUCGCUGGAUGUCGGCAAAUGCCCGUUAGUGUCAGACAGCGGGCUGGAGCAGCUGGCUUUGUACUGCCAGGGCCUGAAGAGGCUGAGCCUGAGGGCAUGUGAGAGCGUGACUGGCCGAGGACUGCAGGCCAUAGCUGCAAACUGCUGCGAGCUGCAGCUACUUAAUGUACAGGACUGUGAGGUUUCGCCAGAGGCUCUGCGAUUCGUUAGGCGCCAUUCCAGACGUUGUGUCAUUGAGCACACAAAUCCUGGGUUCUUUUGAAAGGUGUAUUAAUGGAUUCAUCUUUGAUGGAAAUAAAUAUGUUUAUAUUCCCGCUCUGGAGUUGACCAAGAAGAGGGUUGUCAGGACUAAUUGGGAAUUGUGUGCAAUAUCCAUGUGUGAAUAUUUUAUUUGCAUGGUUGCUAAUAAUUCUGUUCUUUGUGAACACUUACAUGGAAUGUAUUUAACAUAUUUAUCUGUAAAAAGGGAAAAAUGUUGGUAUUCCAAAUUGGUAUUUCAUUUGUGAAGUAACAUUUCCUAUGCUAAAACUGGGUACACAUUAAUUUUGAAUGCCUUAUCAAGUCAUAUUUCUCACUUAAUUCCAUUGAUUUAUUAUAGAUAGGUCAUCGCCAUGAG